CUUAAUUAGGCUUUCUAAUCCGUUGGGAAGUCUAUCUCAAAUUCGCCAAAGAUCGAUUCCGGAUUUUAGCCGGACGGGUCCGUUUUGGAGCCAAAUUAACACCCUUAUCCGCAAGCACGCCUGACCUGAGUAGCGAAGCAACUUUCCCAUUCGUGCAAAGCGGUUAAUCUCCGUUAUUUUUUAAACUCUUUUUUCAAUUAGCCACCGACAACCGUGUCCUCUCUUUCCCCUCCCCCAACAUUAAUCGAGUUGCAGAGAUAGAGAGAUGGGACUGCUUUCUAACAGGAUCGGCAGAGGCCGCCUUAAACCAGGGGAUCACAUCUACUCGUGGAGGAAUGCUUAUGUUUACGCCCAUCACGGCAUCUUUGUUGGAGAUGAUAAGGUAAUCCAUUUCACCAGAGGACGGGGUCAGGAAGUGGGGACUGGAACUGUGCUGGAUGUUCUCCUAUUAAGCUCUGGACCUGCCCGAUCUCAGCCCUGCUCCACCUGCCCACCACCUGCAGAAAAUCAUGGAGUCAUCUCUUCAUGUCUGGAUUGUUUUCUCUCUGGUGGGGUCCUGUACCGUUUUGAAUAUGGUGUUGCUCCUGCUCUAUUUCUUGCGAAAGCACGGGGAGGAACAUGCACCCUUGCUGUCUCUGACCCAGAUGAUAUCGUAGUCCACCGAGCAACCUACUUGCUUAACAAUGGCUUUGGGUGUUACAAUGUUUUCAAAAACAACUGUGAAGAUUUUGCCAUUUACUGUAAGACCGGUCUCCUUCUUGUUGAACAAGGAAAAAUUGGCCAGAGUGGUCAGGCAAUAUCGAUCGUAGGUGGGCCCAUUGCUGCUGUCCUAUCAACACCCUUGAGCCUUGUUACAACCAAUGUGUAUGGGAUGACAGCAGCAGCAAUCGGGGUCUAUUGUGCUAGCCGGUAUGCUGCAGAUAUUGGCAUGAGGAGGGACGUCGUGAAGGUAGCAGUGGAAGAUUUGACAGAAAGAUUGGCAGCAGGUAGACUCCAGGUGGCUGAGGCAGUUGGUGCUGCACCUGCACUCACUAUCAAUCAGUAACUGGUUGUCAAACAAUGUACUAUUAGGCUUGUUCUAUUGACUGGUCUUUGAUUAAUAAAUUGUUGGAAACUGCUGUUCCCAACAUGGUGGGGUGAUUGUGUUUGUGGACCUUCUAGUUAAACUGAGACCUUCUGGGGGGUUGGAGUUGCUUAAUCAGUGGCUUGUCCUGGCUUUCUGCUUUUCUUUCUC